AUGUCAUUCUUCGGAUUUGAUCCUAGUGUGCCUCCACAUGCUCAGUCGAGGGAUAAUGUGACAGAAAGUUACGAUUUUCAGGAUACAUAUGAUGGAUUAGGAGAUGAGUUAGAUGAAGGCGACGACGCUUUCAAUAACGAAACAUUCGGUGGAGGAGAAGUAAGAAAAGAUUUCAAUUUUGCCGGAGCAGGGACUAAUAACCCAGCUGCGGUUCCGCAGCCUCAAAGACCAGGAAUUAGUUAUGCUGAUGCAGUUUCCCAUUCCAAUGAUGAUGAGUUCAUGCAAGAUUUAUGGGGCACAUCCAAUGCUCCACAAGGUCAACAACACGGUCAGCAGCCAUCUGAAGGACAAUUACAAGGAGCACCAGAAAAGAAGAUUUUAUCGUUAGAAGAAAUUGAAGCUCAAUUGACCUCUAUUGAUCAAUCUCAGCAACUCCCACCUCAACCUCAAUUUGUGGUACCAGGGAUGAUGCCUCCAAAUCAAUUUGGUGGCUACAUGUUGCCCCCAGGAGGAUUCAUGCCACCUCCAGGUCAAUACGGACAAUUUCAAGGUGCACCAUUAGGUUCUCAACAAUUACCACCACAGCCAAUUCAACCCUCUGGUCAACAAAUUCCACCUCAUCCUCAGGCACAACCUCUCCAACCUCAGCCUCAACCUCAACCACCUCAGCAAGCUGUUCCAAAGCAAGGAUUACAAUCUCAACAGGUUCCUCCCCAACCAAUUGAACAACGUAGAGUUUCGAAGGUCGAUCUUUCUCAUUUCCCAGUUUUGGGUUCAAAAGGAGGUGAAACCUAUCCAGCUCAGGGACAACAACAACAACCGCAACAACCACAGCAACAACAGCAACAACAACAACAAUUUGCUAAUAUUCAGCAACGCCAACAACAGCCACAUCACCAGCAACAACACUACCACCAGCAGCUGUUCUCCCAACCUCCAAUUCAACAACAGGCUCAACAACAAGCUCAGCAAUCUGACUUAACCCCAGAACAACAAGCCAAAUUAGCUAAAAGACAUGAUAAGGUCGCUCGUAUUAUGAAGUACUCGGGUAUUAUGAACCCUAAGGACAAAGACUUUGUAACUCGUUUCCAGUUAUCUCAAAUUGUUACUGAAGAUCCUUAUAAUGAAGAUUUUUAUGCCCAGGUUUUCAAAGUUGUCCAUCCAAAGGUCAAUAACAAUCCUAUGCAACAAAACUCUCAACAACAUAAUUCAAUCGCGCAAGCUUAUUUGGAACAAAGUGGCCAUAGAUUGGGAGGCCGUUAUAAGAGAGCUGAUGUAGCAUUGCAAAGAAUGCAACAGCAAGUUCAAAAGGCUGUCACUGUUGCCAAAGAAAGACCAAAGCUAACUCAAUAUGCAAGAGAAGGAGCUUUAGGUAAGAUAUCUUUUGGUAAUGGUAAGAAGCCAAGACAACAGUUAGAAAUUUUCAGCAAGGCUGCCCAAAGGGAAAUUGAAAAGAAGGAGGCAGAAGGUAAGAAGGAAGGAUCUGAAUCUACUAUAGCUGACUCCGAUGUGGCUGAUAAGGUUACUCCAGUUUCUAAAAAAGCAAGAUCUCCAUCUAUUUCAGCACCAUCAAAACCAACCAAGAAAUAUUCUAAGAAGGAUAUUAUGAGUAUUUUAGAAAAUAUUAUUUCGAAACUUAUGAAUGUUGAAAGUGAAUCAAGAUUAACUAGUGAUGUUGACACAACUGACUUAUGGGAAUCAUUACAUAUAUUAGAUCAACCCUCUUCAUCUGGUGAUGAUGAAUUAGAAGUUAAUCCUUUUAUACAAUGUUUGAAUCAUAAUAAGACUUUGAAGAUCUUGCCAAGGUUAUUUAAGUUCUUAUCUAGAGAACAGAUCUUGACCAUAGUUACAUUGAUAAUGUCGAAUUUGGAAAACUUGUCAGUUAUUAAGCUUGGUUCCUAUACAACCUAUCCUGAUAAGAAAGUGUCAGAUUCAAUUUUAAAAUUGGUGGAAGCAUAUUCGUUAACGUUUUCUAAAGUUUUGAUGAAUGCAGCACAGGAUUUCAAAUUCAAUGAAAUUAUUGGUUUGUUAGUCAUCUUGAUUGAACAUAAUAAUGUUUCAUUUGUCUCUACUACUAAGAUCGGGUUAUCAAUUUUAACAACCUUAUUGUCUCGUGCAGAAUUGAUAAGAGGUGAAGGCGUCAUAUCAGCAACUGAUUUGUCGGAAUGGUCAUCUUGUUACGAUGAGUUAUUCACUUCAUUAGAAUCUCGUAUAGCUGCAAUUUUCCCACCACACCCAGAAGAUGUCGACGAUGGUUCAUCAAGAGAGAAUUAUGUCUGGCAAUUCUUAGCUACCUUAUCGUUAGGUGGAAAGUUGAGUCACCAAAGAAUAAUUGUUGAUGAAGUUAGAGACGAGAUUUUCGGUGUCAUGAAUAGAGCAAAAGCUAUUGAUAAUUCUGAUUUAGCAAACUUAUAUAAGAAGCAAAACCUAUUGAACAAUUUGAAUAUGUAUUUGGUUGUUAUGGGAUUGGUUGCAGAUGAAAAUGAAAUCAAAGAAUUACAAAGCUGA